GCAGCGAUGGCUCCCCGGCACGAGGCGCCGCGGCUUCCUGGACUCGUCCAGACACGGGGCGGCGCGCAGGAGAAGCCCAUCGAGCUGCCGGCGGUGGCGGCAGCAGCGGUGGCUGCAGGAGCGGCCGCCGCGCCGGCUGAUGACGCACAAGCGCAUGGGUUGGGGGGGGGGGUGGGGGGCGCGGCCGGCGCGGGAGCGACGCGAGCCGAUGACGUGCGGCGAACGGGGCGGCUCGGCAGCAUGGCGUCCGUGGCGCUGAGCGAGGCCGAGAAGGUGUAUAUCGUGCACGGCGUUCAGGAAGACCUCCGUGUGGACGGCCGUGGCUGUGAGGACUACCGAUGUGUCGAAGUGGAAACCGACGUGGUGUCCAACACCAGUGGGUCUGCCAGGGUCAAGCUGGGUCACACAGACAUCUUGGUGGGAGUGAAAGCCGAAAUGGGGACGCCGAAGCUGGAGAAACCAAAUGAAGGGUACUUGGAGUUCUUCGUUGACUGUUCAGCCAACGCUACUCCUGAAUUUGAAGGCCGGGGAGGUGAUGACCUUGGCACGGAGAUUGCUAACACCCUCUACCGGAUAUUUAACAAUAAGAGCAGCGUUGACCUGAAGUCCCUCUGCAUCAGUCCCCGGGAGCACUGCUGGAUUCUCUAUGUGGACGUGCUGCUGCUGGAAUGUGGCGGGAAUUUGUUCGACACCAUCUCCAUUGCUGUAAAGGCUGCUCUCUUCAAUACAAGGAUACCAAGAGUUCGGGUUCUAGAGGAUGAAGAGGGGUCCAAGGAUAUUGAACUCUCGGAUGACCCUUAUGACUGCAUCCGGCUAAGUGUGGAGAAUGUCCCCUGCAUUGUCACCCUGUGCAAGAUUGGCUACCGGCACGUAGUGGAUGCUACUCUCCAGGAGGAGGCCUGCUCCUUGGCCAGCUUGCUGGUGUCCGUGACCAGCAAGGGAGUCGUGACAUGCAUGAGGAAAGUGGGGAAGGGCAGCCUGGACCCAGAGAGCAUCUUCGAGAUGAUGGAGACUGGCAAGCGAGUGGGCAAGGUGCUGCACGCCUCCCUGCAGAGCAUUCUACACAAGGAGGAAAGCCUGGGGCCCAAGAGACAGAAAGUCGGAUUCCUGGGAUGACUCACGUCAGCGCAAACACGGGCUGCGUGUUUCUUCCUUUUCCUUUUUUAAGCCGCAGUUUGUAUAUAUUUUUCUUACCUGCUGUAAACCUGAGCUGACAUUCGUACGUGUAAAAUUAAAGUCUGUUUUCUAGUCCGG